CCACUGCAGGACUGUGUUUCAGGGGGUGUGAAUUAUGGGCCCCUGCUGUCACUGUGACUGCUCUGCGUUGGACAUUUCACCUCGCCACUGUAAAUUUAAAAAGGGGAUUACAUUUUGCUGACUACUGAUUUCAAAGCCGUAUAGCUUGACCAAGUGCAGACAACUGGCCGGUCCCCACUGACAGAAGACUUAAUACAGUCCGCAAUUGCAGGAUUUGGGAUUUUGCAAGGGUCUGAACAAGGCUACCGGGAAAGGGGAAAAAAACGUACCCUGGAUCACAGAAAACCUCAAUAGGUUGCCGUUCACACAUUUAGACCACGGACUCGUUCUCUCCACGGGAAAUUUAAAAAAAAAAAAAAAAAAAACGUUUUGUAGUUGACUGGGCGUUUUGGACGCGCUCGGUAAACGGUGAUGCUACGGCGACGCGCAGGAACCGUAGAGGGAAGAGACAGGUGAGGUGCGGCUGAGGAGCUGCUGUUAUUUCAGAGAGGCUUUGGAUACCGAGAGCCGUGGUAUCCAUCACCCUUUUCUCCACAGAGAGGAAGAAGAGCGACCGGAGAGGGCGAGUUGGCGACUGGCACCUGCCUCCUCCGCCUCCCUACCUGGCCAUCUGGUGCGCUGAGACUGGCGAACAAGAGCACGCUGGAGAAAAAGACUAUGAAAUGGAGCUCAGUCCCAGCUGAUGAGGACAAAACAUAUGGACAGACUGAUAAGAGGUGAAAGCAGUGCAUGUGUGUUGCUGCCAUGGCGACCAUGGCUCCUCCCCUCACAUUUCUCCUCCUGCUGCUUCAACUGGCUGAUGGCUCAUUCCCAGAGGAACCCAGUCCUCUCAGCUACGUCCCUGUAGAGGUUGUGCGGAGGUAUCCAGUGUUCCUGGGCAGAGCUCAUCGUUCAGCUCAGAGACAGGAGCUGCACAUCCAGACAGUCCUCCAAGUCAACCGCACGCUCUACAUAGGAGCCAGAGAUGACUUGUACAGAGUGGAGCUAGAUAACAUGGCAGGUGAUGAGAUGUUCUACAGCAAGAAACGGACAUGGGAAUCCAAUAAGAACGACAUUCGGGUGUGCCGGAUGAAGGGCAAACAUGAGGGAGAGUGCCGUAAUUUCAUCAAGGUCUUACUCAGCCAACACGGCGGCCUGUUUGUAUGUGGAACAAACGCCUUCAACCCGCUGUGUGCCAACUACACUAGAGACACUCUAGAAAUGGUGGGAGAGCCUGUCAGUGGGAUGGCACGUUGUCCAUAUGAUCCACGGCAUGCCAAUGUGGCUUUAUUUGCAGAUGGAAGUCUCUUUACCGGCACUGUGACAGACUUCCUGGCCAUCGACGCAGUGAUCUAUCGUAGCCUUGGCGACAGCCCCGCCCUCCGCACAGUCAAACACGACUCCAAAUGGUUCAGAGAACCCUACUUUGUGAGCUCCAUGGAGUGGGGGCCUCAUAUUUAUUUCUUCUUCAGAGAGAUGGCCAUGGAGUUUCAUCAUCUAGAGAAGGUGAUGGUGUCCCGCGUGGCUCGUGUGUGCAAGGCGGACUUGGGUGGCUCUCAGCGUGUCCUCGAGAAACAGUGGACCACAUUUCUGAAGGCACGGCUCAACUGUUCCGUCCCAGGAGAUUCACACUUUUACUUCAACCUCUUACACGCCACGAGUGGCAUCAUCCACAUGCAGGGACGAGACGUCAUCCUGGGUCUCUUCUCCACACCACCAAACAGCAUCCCUGGCUCUGCGGUGUGUGUGUUUGACAUGCAGCAGCUGGCUCAUGUGUUCGAGGGCCGGUUUAAAGAGCAGAAAUCCCCAGAGUCUAUUUGGACUCCUGUACCGGAUGAGGCAGUGCCUAAACCGAGACCAGGGGGAUGUGCAGUGCAGGGAUCCAGAUUUAGCUCCUCCACCACGCUGCCAGAUGAGGUGCUGAACUUUGUGAAGACCCACCCACUGAUGGAUGAGACCGUUCCACUACUGGGGCACAGACCCUGGGUGGUCAAGACUAUGGGACGCUACCAGCUGACAGCCAUGGUGGUGGACACAGAAGCCGGUCCCCAUAAGAACCGUACAGUCUUGUUCCUGGGUUCGACGCGAGGGACCAUCCUUAAGUUUCUAAUGGUUCAGAGUGGAGAUUCUGUCUCCCACAGCAGUGUGUUUCUAGAGGAGGUGGAAGGAUUCAACCCAGAGAAGUGUGGCGAGGACUCUCCUCAGGCUCGUCAGCUCUUGUCUCUGUCGUUGGACCGGAUGAGCCACACUCUGCUGCUGGCCUUCCCCUCCUGUCUGGUCCGAGUGCCCACAUCUCGCUGUCACCUGCACUCACGCUGCAUGAAGAGUUGUCUAGCCUCCAGGGACCCAUACUGUGGCUGGACCAGAGGCAGCACCUGCUCCUUCCUGAGACCAGGCACACGGCUACCUUUUCAACAAGAUGUGGAAUAUGGAAACACCACCUCCCAUCUAGGAGACUGUGAUGGAAUUCUGCAGCAGAGUUUGCUGAUUGAACCGGAGAGCUUGGUCUCCCUCAACCUGCUCGUGGCGUCUGCGGUUUCCGCCUUCACCAUCGGGGCGGCGCUCUCCGGCCUUGCCGUCUGCUGGAUCAUGGCCCACAAGCCUGCCAACCGUCGUCACGGCAACACCUCCCAAUCCUCCAUCCAGCGGCGCGAAAGAGGCCUGCUGAGUAAUGGCGGCGGAAUGGGAGGCUCCGUGCUCAGCGUGACGCGGCAGGGAGGUGGCGAGCGCCCCUGCUCUCAGGGUGGGGAAACCCUGUUUGUCAUGCCCAACGGCUGGGUGAAGUCCGGAGAGCUCGACCCCGGUUUCCUGCCAACGCCCGAGCACACACCCCAGCAGAAACGCAGAGGUCUACGACUGUCUGACUCCAACUCUGGAGGGUGGGACACCAGCCAGACGUACCUCGGGGGUGGCUCUGUGGGUCUGGGUUCGCCCUGCCGCAUGCCCCCCUCCGUCUACCUGACCACCAGACUCUUCCAGCAGGGGGGAGGCGGGAGACACAAUGGUGAGGGCCGGGGGAAUGACACACUACGCCAGCACUAUGUCUGCCUGAGCAAGCAAGAAAAAGGAAUAAAGGGGACGCCCAAAGCCCCUCUCAGGAAGUCUGCAGGAGAAUAUGUAUACCCCAUGACACCCCAGGACUCGCCUGAGCGCCGGAGGGUGGUCUCAGCACCCAGCGCCCCCAUGGAGUAUGGGGAGCCGCUGCCUUUGCGCUGGCCAGCCCCGGAAGGAUACAUCCUCAGCAGUCACGGCAUGGUCCCCGUCCCUCUGCCUCCACCCUCCAUGCCUGCUCCCAGUGGCCAGGCUUACGUGUCCCAGCAACACACACCCGGGCUGACCAGGGCUCUGCUGAGAGGGGCCCUGGAGCGAGGAGAGCUGGGCGAGCUGGUGGAUCUCAGCCAGCUGAUGAGUAAGAAGAACUGCAGUGACAGGACUCAGGCUGGCCAGUGACUCUUGAGGAAAUGAAGAUGACGGGAGCUUUUCCAUGUCCUGAGCUCUCUGUUUUGUUUACAUAAAGAUCUCUCUUUUCUCUUUCCCCCCUCAUUCUAUCCAUCCCCCUUUCUCCCUUCCCCUCUCUUUUUCCCUACAUCUUUAUUUGUCAUUCAGCCCCUCUGAUCUCUUCUGUCAGUCUCUCAGGCAACCCCCACUUUCACCCCCAUGAUGAGUCUCUCAUUAUGACUGGCUGCUGGGUCUGCCACUCAUAUCCUGGCCCACACUAAUUGGUCAGAUGGACUGAGGUUGUUGCUGUGUCUGCAUUGCAGAGUUGCCUAUCUCUCCUGCUACUCAGCAGCAGCAGGAAGAGGGAGGAGAGAGGAUGGAGGGGAAAGACAGAAAGAAGAGAAAGAAAGAAAGGAGAAUGGGGGGCUGCGAAGUUAUGGACAGAGACAAAGAUGGACAUGGCACUUAGAGGAUGCCUUCUCUGUGCAGAUUAACUGAGGCUGCAGUGCCAGUCAAAUACUGCUGCAGGAGUGGGGUGCCUUUUCCCUCUUGGAUAACAUUAACAAGACUGCCACCCAUCUGUUCUCCACUAUAUUACCUGUUGGUCUGAUUGCCAACUAGGCACUUGAAGUGAAAUUGCAAAUUCUGAACAUCGUAAAAGUAUCUGAAGCUGGAAGUGACUCAUCAGACAAGUCAUUCGGACUGUAAACACAAAUCUAAUGGAUGACGAGGAAACACAAAAUCCUUCUUUUCUUUCUCUCUCUUCCUCUUUGCUGCACACAUACAGUAGAUGCAUACAUGUUUUUGUACAGGUGACGGAGGGUAUUUAGUAUUCUAGGUGUACGAGAAGCACGAUGUGUGUGCCAAAUGCCUCUAACCUGUCUCAUAGGGAUAUGGGACCAUAACUCACAUCUUUGGAGAGCAGAGUGCAGGACUGAAAUGUCAGCACUAUUUCUGCCAACCGCAUGCUCUGUGUAAUGACGGUAUUCCAGCCGUCCAUCGCUCUAUUCGUUUGCCUCCUUACACUCCAUGUACUCUUUAAUGACCAAUAAUUUCAUGUGGACGUCUGGGGAGAUUGCACCAGAGCACUGGACUGACACUGCGGGACAGAAAGAAAGGAAGGAAGAAAGAGAGGUGUUUUAGAUAAUUCAAAGUAAAUGCACUGCAAUAUAUGAACACCUUGUCCUUCACUGUCACCUUAGGGGUUUUUACACACACACACAUUCAUUAAUGCUGCAUUAUAGAACACAGUCUGGUUUUAUUGGGCAAAAUUUCCCCUUAAGCCCACAGUGGGUCAAGGUCCCACAGAUGUGAUACAGAACAAAGUGACAGUUACAGUGGUGAUGAUUGAAACCCCUGGCUUAACUCAGAGCCAAUAGGGCUAAUGGAAAUGUUUCCAGCAGGCAAAUGGGACUAUAUAUUCAGCCCACGAAAGUGUCCAGUGCCACAAAAUGGUCGACGUUUAUAUCAACACAACAUGGUUUGAGUGUGUUAGUGAGGAAGUCAUAAAAACAGAGACAAGAUAAAGAAGACAGAAGCAAAAAGCAAGUAGGACUUGAUGAAAUGAGGUGCACCAACAACAACAACAACUGUGGAAACCAGUGAGAGUUUGCUAUAACUGACCAGAUGACUUGAUUUUCACUCUCAGUCACAGUCAGUUGGUGACACAUGAAUGCUGGCUUGUGCUGACCUCGCAGUGAGCAGCAAUAUAUGGUUUAUCUGUACAUAGUAAACUUAAUUUAGAUAAAAAUGAUAAUGUAAGACAAACAGUAACUCCAAAAAAAUGAUAUCAGGCACUAGCUUGCAAACAAAAAUAAACAUUUAUCACGUCAUUAUAACUAUUAAUGUAUGAAAAUCUGUUUUCAUAUAAGUUUCUUAUCAACCUGCUCCAAGAUUAAAAUCACCAAGACACUAAAUAUUACCAGUGUCUCUUUUUUUUUUACAUCUGUGUGCCAAAACCAAGUUAUGAAUGAUUUACUGAUGCCUGAUUACCGAAGCAAAAAGAAAUUGAGAGAAAACUUGUUUUUAAGUGCCAUGAAGACCAUUUCAGUCUCCAGUGCACCUCGUGUACUGAGGUGUUGGAGAAUUCCCUUAUUGCAGUAUACUUGUGAUAUGUAUGCCUUUGACCUUACAUGCUGAAUGUUUUAUUUUUUUAUUUAGAUGGCGGCUUGUACUGUUGAAAUAAUUUUUUUUCAGCUCCUAGCAGUGUUUGAGGGUCUGUUUAUAAACUACUUUGACACAACAUGCCAUACUUAUAUACUGUAAAUAUGUAAGAAUGAAUACAGACACUUUGUCAUGCCCUUUAUGAUUAUACUGUAAUGUAGUUACUGAUACCAUGACAUGAACUGUGUUUAUUCCAGGAUAGCCGAUAUGUAAUAAUAAUGAUUUAUAAGUAGUUCAUAAGCAAACCUUCAAAUGGACUGAAAUGCUGUGAGGGGACACUGUGUAUCUCAUUUUGUGUAACAUCUGUCCUGAUUCUGGACUCUUUUUGUCUCGUUCUGCAGUCUUGUGAUCGUCUGUCUCUCAUUGCCAACCAACUGCCAUACUGGAGGAUCUUGAAAAUACUUGUCAGCAUCCUGAGUGAAUGAAUGUACUCAUUCUUUGUUUUGUUGUUUAUAGUCAUUAUACUGUGCAGUAAUAAAGAAAAGCACAAAAACUUUUUUUUUUUUUUUUUUGCAUUUUCAAAAGGAGCUGUUCUGUAUCAUUUGUGAAUAGUGUAAAUAAUCAUCCCGAAGGUAUAGUGUAUCAGUUUGGUUUUGGGGGGGAUCAUUCAUGCUCUUCUGAGACAGGACUGUGUUUGAAGUGUGAGGUUUUUUUUUAUAUUCUUUUUCUUUUUCUCGGUGACAAUGCUGUGAAUAAGAUGUAUGUACAGUAUUUACGUGACUUUGGAUGACUGCUGAGUUCAGCUGUCUCCUGUUAUUAGAGUAGAGUUGCAGGCCUGAUCUCAGCCAGAACUGAGCCUUCUCAUUUGACUGAUGCCUGCUGAGUUUUUGCAGUUGCUAAGAUACUGCUGUUAUAAUAUCCAUCAAUCUUUGGAGUACUGCUAUUAAAUGGCAUUAUAUAAUUGA